AUGAAGUCCCUCGCCUUCGCCGCCAAUGUUCUCCUGAUCGUCAAUGCCGCCUUGGCAUCCCCUCUUGCCGCUCGCAAGCAGGCGGCUAUGGAUGCUAUCCGUGCCCGGAGUGCUGCCCGUCGUUCCAACAGGUUCCAAGCCGGCUCCGACAAGGUUAAUGGAACUGCCGACGCAGUGUCUACGAACUGGGCUGGUGCCGCUAUCACGACUUCAGGCAUUACCGAGGUCUCUGGCACCUUCACGGUCCCCAGGCCCAGCCCUCCUGCUGGUGGCAGUUCUCGCGAUGAGUACUGUGGUGCUGCAUGGGUGGGAAUCGACGGCUACUCUGAUGCCGACCUCAUCCAGACUGGCGUCCUCUGGUGUGUCGAGGAUGGCGAAUACCUGUACGAGGCUUGGUACGAGUACCUCCCGGCUUCGCUGGUCGAAUACUCCGGAAUCUCUGUGACUGCUGGAUCAGUUGUUACCGUUACCGCCACCAAGACUGGCACGAACAGUGGUAUAACCACCUUGUCGAGCGGUGGACGAACUGUGUCCCACACGUUCUCCCGAGAGAACUCGCCCCUGCCCGGCACGAGCGCCGAGUGGAUUGUCGAGGACUUCACCUCCGGCAGCUCGCUGGUUCCUUUCGCCGACUUUGGAUCUGUUACCUUCACUGGAGCCAGCGCUGUCGUUAACGGAGCAACCGUGACACCGGGCGGCUCUGCCGUUAUUAUUGACCUGGAGGACUCGAGGGGAGACAUUAUCACCUCGACGUCGGUCUCUGGCGGCACCGUGACUGUCGAAUACGAGUAA